UAGUCUUUUCUAUGAUCUCCCCCUAUGGGUGAGUUUUCUCUGAGAGCGAGCACACGCUGAGCUCUUCUAACCAGAGCCGCUAGCAGUCAGUGCGUGUGAGUUUGAGUGAAAGCUUGAUUUCUUCAUCCUGUCCUUUAAUUAUACUCUGUCGCUGAGGAACAUGUCUAUCCUAAAGAUACAUGCCCGUGAGAUUUUUGAUUCUAGGGGCAACCCCACUGUAGAGGUGGACCUCUACACAGAGAAAGGUUUGUUUCGAGCUGCUGUCCCUAGUGGAGCGUCUACUGGAAUCUAUGAAGCGUUGGAGCUGAGAGACAAUGACAAGUCACGUUUCCUGGGCAAAGGUGUAUCAAAGGCUGUUGAGCAUGUGAACCAAACUAUUGCACCUGCCCUGAUCAGCCAGGGAAUUCCUGUAGUUGAGCAAGAAAAGAUUGACCAGUUCAUGCUGGAACUGGACGGAACUGAUAACAAGUCUAAAUUUGGUGCCAAUGCCAUCCUGGGUGUGUCCCUGGCUGCGUGUAAGGCAGGAGCCGCAGAGAAAGGUGUUCCUCUGUAUCGUCACAUUGCUGACCUUGCUGGAAACCCUGAGGUCAUCCUGCCUGUGCCGGCCUUUAAUGUGAUCAACGGCGGCUCACAUGCUGGCAAUAAGUUGGCCAUGCAGGAAUUCAUGAUUCUGCCGGUCGGGGCCAGUAGCUUUAAGGAAGCCAUGCGCAUUGGUGCAGAGGUGUACCACAAUUUGAAGAAUGUUAUUAAGGAGAAAUAUGGCCAAGAUGCCACCAACGUUGGCGAUGAGGGAGGAUUCGCACCAAACAUCCUGGAGAACCAAGAAGCCCUAGAGCUGCUAAAGAGUGCCAUCAGUAAAGCUGGUUACACAGAUGAGAUUGUGAUUGGCAUGGAUGUGGCAGCAUCCGAAUUCUAUCGUGACGGAAAGUACGACUUGGACUUCAAGUCUCCUGAUGACCCGGAUCGAUACAUCAGCCCUGAUGAGCUUGCUGACCUUUACAAAAGCUUUAUUAAGGAUUAUCCAGUGGUCUCCAUUGAGGACCCCUUUGAUCAAGAUGAUUGGGAGGCCUGGACCAAUUUUACCAACAGCACGGACAUACAGGUGGUGGGAGAUGAUCUUACUGUUACCAACCCCAGUCGCAUUGCUGAUGCAGUGGAGAAGAAGGCUUGCAACUGCCUGUUGCUCAAAGUCAACCAGAUUGGAAGUGUUACCGAAUCCCUGCAGGCGUGUAAGAUGGCUCAGUCCAAUGGCUGGGGUGUGAUGGUGAGUCAUCGCUCCGGGGAAACAGAGGACACCUUCAUUGCUGACCUGGUUGUGGGACUUUGUACUGGACAGAUUAAAACAGGAGCCCCAUGCCGUUCAGAGCGUCUGGCCAAAUACAACCAGAUCCUCAGAAUUGAAGAGGAACUGGGGGAUAAAGCUCAGUUUGCUGGGAAGAACUUCAGAAAUCCACUGAACUGAGAUCACAGUAGUACCAUUAGACAUACUUACCCUUCUACAGUAAAUGUACUAAUAGUUCAGUGUGAGAUGUGGUAAUUCAACAGAAAGCAGUAUGUGUUAUAACUAAAGAUUGGGUGGUUACAGGGACCGUAUCAUCAAGGAAACAGAAACAAGCAUCAUAAACUUUGUGAUGGUGUCCAUGUGGAUGAGUGUUAUGUGUACUUGUGUGAUGAUUGUAUUGCAAAAAAGAGCAAACAUUAUUUUCCUGUAAAUGCUGCAUAGGAGAUUCCUGAGCUUGUGAUUGUGAUAGUGGAUACUGUUAAAAUAAAAAUAUUACCUCAACUAA